AUGAAUCCCAAUUUGGGAUCAAAUGUGUUGUCAAACACUUCUGGAGGACAACCGCCACAACACAUGCACUCGUCGUCCGCACCAUCGCUGUUGAGUACAUCCAUCAGCGGACACACCAAUGGACACAACGGACAGCAGAUGGACAGCACUUCGAUGAACCCAAUGGCGGGAGUGGGAGGUGUGGGACAGGUAGGAGUGCCUACGAUGAACAUCGCAUACCUGUGUUGUGUGGGCGAUGAGCCGGUUCACGAGAAUAAGUUUGCUUUCGGAUGGGAUGGUAGUGUGGGAGAGGGAUGGAAGGGAAUGGGAGAGCAUUUGAAUCACAACUAUUUGACAUGAAAUGAGGGAUACAAUGAGACAUCGGAUCC